AUGAUGGGUGCCUCACCAGCCAAAAAUGCAAUGCUGAUAUUGAUCUUGGAAGAAAACAAUGACAAAGUGACAGCUGUCAGAUUUUGGAUGGAUGCAAAUGGAGGAGGCUUGUCUGAAUCCACCAACAGCCUCUUCUGCAACCUUGCCCAACCUUGGGGGACUCUGGUCAAAAUAUCCGACACCACCUUGUUGCAGCCGGGAAACAGUGCUAAAGAAUUGUACAUCAAUGGGUGUAUGGAACCGCUUGGGGUUGAUAUCUGGCUGACAACAAGUAGGGAAGGUUUCUUGUUGUUUAUCCACCACAAAGUAGUUGCAGUUGCAUUGCAUAAACAUUCCCAAAAUAUUGAUUUCGUUGAGUCCCAAAUUGGAUAUGCUAUGGAAUGGUUUGGCCACAUUAAACUGGAGGUUGACACUACUGUCCCAAACAGUGCGAAACUCUUGCACAUCAUCAGGGGUGAUGACAGUGAAGCCAUCACUGAAGAACAUUUCAAGGGCUGCAUCUAUCAUUCUGCUAUGGUUACCGCCACACAAAAAUCCAUCCAGCAGAAGCAAAAUGGCGUCGCUCAACAAGAAGAGAAAUGGAGUAUGUCAAGACUUAGUAUCAAGCCAUCUCUGAAGAGAAUCGAUCCAGAAGAAAAGAAAUGGUGUCCCUAA